AUGGACGGGGAUUUUCUUCUUGAGCGCUUGGACGCUUUUUUCAGUGAAGGGGCGAAUACGGAUGCGAUCGGCAAUUUUCUAUCAGAGGAGCAGGGCGUCAUGCGGCUGCUGGGACGCUCUACUGACACGCAGGAGUCGUUGCAACUAUAUGCUUUGUUUAAAAAGUACACCGCGGUGGUGGAUGCUUUGCUGCACACGUUUAUUGCACGUGAAAUGGAGGCCGGGUGCCCCAUCGAUUUAGAUCAAUUGGCUGCCGCAGUAAUGAAGGAGUGGCGGCAAGAGCACGAUUAUUGUCGAUACCUUUGUACGGCAUAUGUUGCAGGCGCGUUAGACUUUGAGUCGUUCAAGCAACUGGUAGCUGAUGUCAAUGCGAUGACCACUUACCCCGUCGGGGCUGAGCUAUCAGACAACGACAGUGUGAGUGAGGCAACUCCAGAGGAAGAAGAUGGGUGA